AUGAGGGCAGUGAGCACCGGUCUAGUGGACUGUCAUUGCCACCUUUCCGCCCCACACUUUGACCGCGAUCUGGAUGAUGUGUUGGAGAAAGCCAAGAAGGCCAAUGUUACGGCCCUUGUGACAGUUGCUGAACAUUCAGGAGAAUUUGAAAAGAUCAUGCAGCUUUCAGAAAGGUACAGUGGAUUUAUCCUGCCAUGCUUGGGUAUCCACCCAGUUCAAGGAUUUUCACCAGAAGACCAAAGAAGUGUCACAUUAAAGGAUUUGGAUGUAGCUUUGCCCAUUAUUGAAAAUUACAAGGAUCGAUUGUUGGCAAUUGGAGAGGUUGGACUAGACUUCUCCCCCCGAUUUGCCAGCACUGAUGAACAGAAGGAAGGACAAAGACAAGUCCUGAUCAGACAGAUCCAGUUAGCCAAAAGACUAAAUUUGCCUCUAAAUGUCCACUCACGCUCAGCUGGAAGACCCACCAUCAACCUCUUACGUGAGCAAGGUGCUGACAAGGUGCUGCUACACGCAUUUGACGGUCGGCCAUCUAUAGCCAUGGAGGGAGUAAGAGCUGGGUAUUUCUUCUCUAUUCCUCCUUCUAUUAUAAGAAGUGGACAGCUAUCUUUUUUUUCCUCUAAGAAGCAAAAACUUGUGAAACAGUUACCUUUAACGUCUCUGUGCUUAGAAACAGAUUCGCCUGCACUAGGACCAGAAAAACAGGUACGAAAUGAGCCUCGGAACAUUUCCAUUUCAGCAGAAUAUAUUGCCCAGGUGAAAGGAAUCUCAGUGGAAGAAGUUAUAGAAGUGACUACACAGAAUGCAUUGAAACUUUUUCCGAAGCUUCAGCAGCUCCUCCAGAAAUAGCUUCAAAACCAUGAAUUACCAAACCAAAUCAGCUGCACGGGACAGUAUUUGAGGGGAGAGAAAUGUUCUAAUUAAGAAUCUGAACUGAAAAAGCCAUUAUAUAGAGCUAUAGAAGAUUACAAUUUUAGAGAGAUAUUUUCUCUUAACUUGGAUCCUGGAACCCUGGUUUCUGCUUCCAGCCUUGUGUUGCUUUUCAGGUAACAGUCCUAGCAGGAGAUGUGGAAGCACUGAUGCUUCUAAUCUUGCUCCGUUAAAUAGAACCACCUCAUGAGUUGAAACCAUUUCUUCAGGGAAGGGUGGCUCCCACACGGCAGAGAUAAGCUCUACUGUGGUGAGGAGGAAGCAGGCUACACU